GACUCACAUGUGAGCUACAAAAGACGUCCACGUGCUUCAAGAUAGUAGAGGACAUUUUUAUCACAGUCUAAAUCGGACCUAAAAAGUGUUAAAAGAUUAGUAUCAAUUUGCUUCUGCAGAUCAUGGGUGUCACAUUAUCUGGUGUGGUGCUGAUCUUUUUGUGUAUAGGACUGAGUAAAUGGACGGCAGAGGGCUGCAGCUGUAUCCCACUUCACCCUCAAAGACUAUUCUGCAGUUCUCAAAUAGUGAUGCGAGCUGAGAUAACUGGAGAAAAAAUGAAUUACGAUUACAAGAUGUAUGGCCUGAAAACAAUUCAAUAUCCCAUCAAAGUUAUCAAGGUGUACAGGGGUUUUAAUGAUACUAAAGAAAUCCAGUAUGUCUACACCAAUUCCGAAGAAUCAGUGUGUGGUACCACAUUGAACCGUGGCCAGUAUCUGCUUUCAGGGGAAAUGAAUCCUGGUGGGUUCUACGUUUCACUGUGUGAUUUUAUUCAACACUGGGACAAACUCUCCCAAACACUGAAAAAGAACAUCAAACACAGAUAUAAGAUGGGCUGUGACUGCAAGAUUUCCACGUGUUUUCGGCAUUCCUGCCAGUCCACCUCUAACACUGAGUGUAUACUGACAGACAGGAGAGACUUAUGGUCAGAGGACAAAAAAGACAUGAUUAAUGAGAAUGUUUGUAUUAAACACAGCAGUGGUUCCUGUAGCUGGCACACUGGAACUUUAAAUUCUUCAGACAGUAUCACUACAACAAUCAUGGGUGUUACACUUGUGUAUGUUAUACUGAUCUUUCUGUCCAUAGGACUGAAUAAACAGGCAGCAGAGAGCUGCAGUUGUUUCCCAGUACAUCCUCAAAUUUUUUUCUGCAAUUCUCAAAUAGCUGUGAUUCUAGCUGAAGUAACCAGUGAGGAGAUUGUUAGUGAGGACACUGCAUCUAAUGAUUCGGGGUCAAUUCGAUACCAAAUCAAAGUGAUCAAGGUGUUCAACAGUUUUAACAAUACUAAGCAAAUUCAGUAUGUCUAUACACAUCAAGAUGAAGGCAUGUGUGGCAUCAGGUUGGAGCGCAGCCUCUAUGUGCUUUCAGGAACUUUAUGGAAUGAUGAUGGGAUUGUGGUGGAAAUGUGUGACCUUGUCAGGCAUUGGGACAGUCUGUCCUUAACAGAACAACAAAACCUCAACCAAACAUUUCAGAUGAGCUGUAACUGCACGGUCUCUCUGUGUAUAGUAAAACCCUGUUGUGUCCAGUCUCAAAAAGAUUGUGUGUGGGUACCCUUCAAAUCUCAAGCUCUCAAGUACGCCUGUAUGGAGAACAGUGACGGUUCAUGUAGCUGGUACAGAGGAGAUUCAAAAGAUCCUCAAAAUGACAAGAUGGCCAUUUGCAAACCCAGAAAGUCAAGCACUGGAGCCGUUUCUCAUUUUUAAAGAUGCCGAGACAUGCUGUUCUUUUCAAAAUACUAAGGGGACAAAGUAAUGGGGUUAAUUUUACAGCUAUUUUACAUGCUAGUUACAUAGGGCUGAGCAAUCUGUACUUUUGGUCUUUUUCUGUGAAUUUCAAAAAAUUAUCUUCUGUAAAUUUCUGCAAAGUUUUGAUGUGUUUUUAGUUUGGAUACAGGACAAAAAUUGGUGGUGACCACCAGCUAAACCAGCCUCAAACCAGCAUAUUUCCCAUGCUGGUCCAUGCUGGUUUGAUGCUGGAUUUUUCAGCAGGGAAUACAACAUCAGGGAAAAUAAUUGAUUGAAAAUUAUUUUUUUUGUCCUAAAAGAUUACUCCACUUUCAUUAAAAAAAAUGUACUCCCCCAUGUCA